AUGGCACCCGGCAAGCGGAAGGCGGCGCUGGUGAGGGACGCGGCGGCCGAGGUCGUCGCGGCUGCUUUCAAAGGCAAGGGGUUUCCGCAAGCAGAGCUACACAAGGUGUUCGCCUCGCACAGCUCUCGGAACGAGGACGGCGUCUGGGUCGUGAACGAAGCCCUCCUCAGCGGCAGACAAGGGGCUGCAUGGCGAACGUUGAAGGCCCACUUGGCGACUCUUGAGCAAGACAAAGCCAUCAUCGCCCUGCAUAAUGUCGCUUCUUCGAUGACGUCACCCGCACCCUCCACAGUCCCGGCUGCGUCCUCCACGGCCUCGCCCGCGCCGCCCAAGACCCCGGCCGCGUCCUCCGACGGCCUUGCCGCGUCGAAGGACGACACGAAGCCCAAGAGUGCUCUUCGCAUGACCCAGAAGACGCUCAACAUGGAUUCGGAUGCACCCGUCAAGUCGGCUGCACCGACGCCGCCGUCUUUCAAGUCGCCCGGCCCUGCAGUCGCGCCGAUGGCAGCGGCGACGCACCAAGUCAACUGGACUCCACCGCCCGACGCCGACGCGCACGCCUCGGUCGAUGCCGCCGCCUCACCGGGAGGCGAAAUCAAGCGAGCACGACGACGAGCUGCUGGGCCCCUUGCCGCUCUCCCAGAGCACGGGGUCAAGUGA